AUGAAGUGUCACUACGAGGCGCUGGGGGUGCGGCGCGACGCCAGCGAGGAGGAGCUCCGGAAGGCCUAUCGGAGGCUGGCCCUGAAAUGGCACCCGGAUAAGAAUCUGGAUAAUGCCGCAGAAGCAGCUGAGCAGUUUAAGUUAAUCCAAGCAGCGUAUGACGUGCUGAGUGACCCUCAGGAAAGAGCGUGGUACGAUAACCACAGAGAGGCUCUGCUCAAAGGCGGGCUCGCUGGGGAAUAUCAGGAUGACAGCUUAGACCUGCUUCACUUCUUCACCGUGACCUGCUACUCUGGCUACGGAGACGAUGAGAAGGGCUUUUACGCGGUGUAUCGGAACGUGUUUGAACUGAUUGCGAAGGAAGAGCUGGAAUCGAUGCUGGAGGAGGAUGCGGAGGACUUCCCGACCUUUGGGGACUCCCAGAGCGACUACGACACGGUGGUCCACCCCUUCUACGCUCACUGGCAGAGCUUCUGCACCCAGAAGAGCUUCGCUUGGAAGGAGGAAUAUGACACCCGACAAGCUUCCAACCGCUGGGAGAAGCGCGCCAUGGAGAAAGAGAACAAAAAGACUCGGGACAAGGCCAGGAAGGAGAAGAACGAGCUUGUGCGGCAGCUGGUGGCUUUCAUCCGGAAGAGGGACAAGCGGGUGCAGGCGCACCGCAGGCUGGUGGAGGAGCAGAACGCCGAGAAGGCGCGCAAGGCCGAGGCGAUGCGGCGGCAGCAGAAGCUGCAGCAGGCCAAGCUGGCCGAGCAGUACAAGGAGCAGAGCUGGAUGACGAUGGCCGACCUGGAGAAGGAGCUCCGCGAGAUGGAGGCGCGCUACGAGAAGGAGUUCGGAGACGGCUCCGAGGAGGACGAAGGGGAGGAGCAGGAGCCCAGAGACGGGCCGGAUGGGAGGGACAGCGACGAGGCCGAUGGCGUGGAGCUCUAUGAGGGACUGUACUGCCCAGCGUGCGACAAAUCCUUCAAGACGGAAAAGGCCAUGCGGAAUCACGAGAAGUCCAAGCGGCAUCGGGAGAUGGUGGCCUUGCUGAAACAGCAGCUGGAGAAGGAGGAAGAGGGCUUCUCAGGGUCUCAGAUGGAUGAGAAUCUGUGGAAUGCCAACUCUGAGGAAGAGGCGGAGGACGCACCCAAACAAAAGCUUUCUAAGAAACAGAAGAAAAAGAAGCAGAAACCAGUACAGAAUUAUGAUGAUAAUUUCAAUGAAAAUGGAACAGGAGAAGGAGUAAAAGUUGAGCCAGAAGGUACCAACUUAAAUCAAGACAGUGCCAAAGAAUUGAAAGCUGAUCCCCAAGACAGUGUCAGUGUCACAGAGGCUGGCCAGCUGUGUGAGGACCCGAAAAGUGAAGCCAGCAGUGUUCCUAAACCCCGGGGAAAGAAAGCCAAAGAUCCGAAGAGACCCGUCAGAGCGCCUGCUGAGCCGCAGGCCCUGAGUGACGUUCCGAUCAGCUGUACCACCUGCCGCAGAGAGUUCCCCUCCCGGAAUAAACUGUUUGACCACCUAAAGGCCACGGGGCAUGCGAGAGCGCCCGCGUCGUCGUCUUUAAACGCCGUGACGAGUAGUCGAACCAAGAAAGACAAACGCAAAAACAGAUAG